AUGGCCAUCCAGAAGAUGUUAAAAAACUGCGUCACCUGCCGUCGUCUGCGAGCCGCGCCCUGCACCCCUCGCAUGGCCGACCUGCCGGUCGAACGUACUUCUCCAGCUCCGCCUUUCACGGCUGUGGAGCUGGACGUAUUUGGGCACUGGUGGAUCACCAGUGGACAGUCGACUCGGAAGAACUCUUCUCUACGAAAAUGCUGGGCUACUAUCUUCACGUGCAUGGCAUCCCGCGCCGUGCACGUAGAGUGCCUUCCUGCCAUGGACACCUCGACCUUCAUCAACUGUUUCAAACGUUUUUUGGCGAUAAGAGGCCCUUGUAGUUCAGUCCGUUCAGAUCGGGGUUCGAAUUUUCUGGGUGUUAAGAAGCAAAGUACAGACAUCGAUAUAGAGCGAGUGAGUCGCACCUUGGCUGACCUUGGCGUGGCGUGGACGAUGAACCCUCCUCAAGCGUCCCACUUUGGAGGCGUUUGGGAGCGCAAGAUCGGCCAAGUGCGACGUGCCCUGGAUGCGGCCAUUCUCUCGACGGGCGCCCGGGCCUUAACCUAUGAUGAGUUGAACACUUUCCUGCAAGAAUCUGCAGCCAUCGUCAACUCGACUCCGCUGUGGGACUCGCCACUGGAUCCCAACGAGAUCGCGCCAACCACGCCUAGCAUGCUCCUCACGCAAAAGUUCGGACCGGACCGGUCGAGCAGCACCCUGAACUCACACAGAGAGACGCCAUGGCCUACGGGGCCCGUAGGUGGAGGCGUGUCCAGCUGUUAG